GAGGCCAGAAUUUAUUAACAAAUCCUCAAGAAGUUGAACCCAAAAACCCCUUAUCCUAUCUUCUUUCAAUACAGAUACAGAUUUCCCUCAUCACUUUCUAUCCUCUUUUCUAUUUCUCUCAUUUGCAUGCCUAUUAAUUAACCCUUUCAACAACAACUUCUUACCAAAGUUUUUCUUCUGUUUUCCCUUUAGCAUUCAACUCCAAAUCCCAAUUAGAUUUAUCAAUAAACAGUAGAGAAAAGUGAAAAUUAAUGGCCCCAAGAACAGGCAGAGGAAAGGGAAAUAAAGCCAAGACAGAGAAGAAGAAAAAGGAAGAAAAAGUAGUACCUUUUGUUCUUGAUAUAUCUGUCAUCACACCAUAUGAAACUCAAGUGAUUCUCAAGGGCAUUUCGACUGAUAAAAUACUGGAUGUGCGGAAGCUGGUAGCUGUUAAUGUCGAAACAUGCCAUCUGACAAACUAUUCUCUCUCUCACGAGGCUCGAGGACAUAAAUUAAAUGACAAGUUGGAGGUUGUUAGUCUAAAGCCGUGCUUGCUGAGAAUGGUUGAAGAGGACUACACUGAGUCCCAGGCUGUUGCGCACGUGAGGAGGCUCCUCGACAUCGUCGCGUGCACGACACGCUUCGCCAAGCCAAAAGGCGGACGCGCCUCCGCCUCCGCAUCUGCCUUCGCUGGAGCCGAUUCGCCUCAGAAGAAGAAUAAAACUGGACAGAGAAAAGCCGCGGGACCAAUUCCCGAUGGAGAAGCACGGUCGCCGGAGAACUUCCCGCCACCGAUUUCGGAGAGUUAUGACAUGGUGGCGAUUCAUCCGAUUCCCAAACUCUCCGAUUUCUACGAAUUCUUCUCUUUCUCUCACAUCUCUUCGCCGAUUUUGCAUUUGAAAAAAACAGAAACCAAAGACGGAGAAAUGCGGGAGGGUGAUUAUUUCCAAAUGCAGAUAAAGCUAUGCAAUGGGAAGACAAUACAAGUGAUGGCAUCAAAGAAAGGGUUCUACACUUUGGGAAAGCAAUUUUUACAAAGCCAUUCCUUGGUGGAUCUUCUUCAACGGCAAAGCCAAGCUUUCGCUAAUGCAUAUGCAUCUUUAAUGAAAGCUUUUGUUGAACACAAUAAGUUUGGUAACCUUCCAUACGGUUUCCGAUCCAAUACCUGGCUCGUCCCUCCAUCUGUUGCGGAUUCAGCAUCAGAUUUUGUUUCCAUGCCCUCAGAGGAUGAGAGUUGGGGUGGCAAUGGUGGGGGCCAGGGAAGAAAUGGAGAGCAUGAUCUUAGGCCAUGGGCAACAGACUUUGCAAUACUAGCUAGCCUAUCUUGCACGAUGGAAGAAGAGAGGGUGGUUCGAGAUAGAAAGGCCUUUUUACUUCAUAAUCUUUUUGUCGAUGUCUCGGUGUUUAAAGCUGUUUCAGCCAUACAGAAGGUGAUAAAUUCCUCGGCAAUGGGUAAAUUAAAUUCUUCCCCAGGGUCAAUUGUGCAUGAGGAUCGGAUUGGAGACCUCUCUAUUACAGUGGUAAGAGAUGCUAUAGAUGCAAGCUUGAAACUGGAAGUUAAAAUUAUUGGCAGUAAAAGCGUUAACGAAUCUGUCAAGGAGGUUACUCAGAGAAAUCUACUUAAAGGAAUAACUGCCGAUGAAAGUGUUAUUGUACAUGAUACUUCUUCCUUAAGUUGUGUUGUUGUUAGACAUGGGGGGUACACUGCAAUAGUGAAGGUUGUUGGAGAUGUUAAAAGGGGAAAGAGCCUUGCACAAGAUGUUGAAAUCGAGGACCAACCAGAUGGAGGGGCCAAUGCACUCAACAUUAACAGCUUAAGAUUAAUGCUCCAUGAGCCAUAUGCUAAGCUAUCUGGGGGAGACCAAUCUCUUCAGUCUGAUUUAAGGGACAUUGAAACUUCAAGAUGUCUGGUCCAGAAACUAUUAGAGGAUAGUCUAAGAAAGCUAGAAAACAGUGCCACAGUGGCUGAAGGUUGUAUCAGAUGGGAACUUGGUUCUUGUUGGGUGCAGCACCUGCAAAAGCUGGAAUCACCUGCAGAUAACAAUUCUGGAGGUCGUAAUGAUGAUAACAAGGCUGAACCAGCUGUUAAAGGACUGGGGAAACAAUUUAAAAUGCUGAAGAAGAGGGAAAAGAAACUGACUUCUGCUACUGGGAAGGAUAAAGAAAAUGAUGUUGGAGUCAGCAACCUAAACAUGGAAAGCAAGCCAGCUGAACUAAAGAACUGCGAGUCUAACUCCGAAGCAGAGUUGCUGAAAUAUGUUCCUCAAGAAGCUUUCUUACGUUUGAAAGAAACUGGAAUUGGACUUCAUACAAAGCCUGUGGAUGAGCUGGUUAGGAUGUUGCAGGAUUACUAUAAUGAAGUUGCUCUGCCUAAGCUGGUGACAGACUUUGCAUCACUCGAACUUUCUCCAGUUGAUGGACGUACGCUUACUGACUUCAUGCAUCUUAGAGGAUUACAAAUGCGUUCCUUGGGCCGCGUGGUGGAACUUGCAGAGAAACUUCCUCACAUACAGUCUCUUUGUAUUCAUGAGAUGAUUACUCGAGCUUUUAAGCACAUUCUUAGAGCUGUUAUUGCUUCCGUUGAGAGCAUUGAUAACAUGUCAGCUGCAAUAGCCUCAACCUUAAAUUUCUUGCUUGGGUCAUGGAAUAUCAAAGAUAAUGACCAAAGUGAUCAAAUUCUCAAAUUUAAAUGGAUGCGAGCAUUUUUGGAGAACAGAUUUGGUUGGAAAUUGAAAGAUGAAUUCCAACAUUUGAGAAAGUUGUCAAUUCUCAGGGGAAUUUGUCACAAGGUUGGAUUGGAGUUGGUUUCUAAAGAUUAUGAUAUGGAAAGCUCUACACCAUUCAAGAAAUCUGAUAUUAUUAGCAUAGUGCCGAUGUGUAAGCAUGUAGGGUGCUCUUCUGCUGAUGGACGAACUUUACUGGAGUCAUCCAAGAUUGCACUGGACAAGGGGAAGCUAGAAGAUGCCGUUAACUAUGGGACAAAGGCUCUGGCAAAGCUGAUGGCUGUUUGUGGUCCUUAUCAUCGUACAACUGCAAGUGCUUAUAGUCUUCUAGCUGUUGUUCUAUACCAUACUGGAGAUUUUAAUCAGGCUACUAUAUAUCAGCAAAAGGCAUUAGAUAUCAACGAGAGGGAGCUGGGGCUUGACCAUCCAGACACCAUGAAAAGCUAUGGAGAUCUAUCAGUUUUCUACUAUCGCCUGCAACACAUUGAAUUAGCACUUAAAUAUGUCAACCGUGCUCUCUAUCUUCUUAAUUUUACAUGUGGUCUCUCUCAUCCGAACACCGCUGCUACAUACAUUAAUGUGGCUAUGAUGGAAGAGGGCAUGGGAAAUGUUCAUGUUGCACUUAGAUAUCUGCAUGAAGCUCUGAAGUGCAACCAGAGAUUAUUGGGAGCAGAUCACAUACAAACUGCUGCUAGCUAUCAUGCAAUAGCCAUAGCUCUUUCAUUAAUGGAAGCAUAUUCCCUCAGUGUGCAACAUGAACAAACUACAUUACAAAUUCUGCAAGAUAAACUGGGAGCAGAGGAUCUUCGUACUCAGGAUGCUGCUGCAUGGCUUGAAUAUUUUGAAUCAAAAGCUUUGGAGCAGCAAGAAGCGGCACGUAAUGGAACUCCAAAACCAGAUGCAUCCAUUGCCAGCAAAGGUCACCUGAGUGUAUCAGAUCUCCUUGAUUACAUAAGUCCCGAUCAGCAGUCAAAGGAUGCAGAUGCUCGGAAGAGACGACGUGCAAAGGUCUUCCCCGUUGUUGAUAAAUCCCAUGAACUGCAGUACGAGGAAAGAACUGAAAUGACCAUGAGCAAUGAAAGUUUGGAAAUCCGUGCGAUCAUAGAGAGUAACAGAGCUGAUGAUAAGACAGACACAAACUCCUCCAAAGUAUCCUUCAAGUCCUAUGAAAUUUCUAUCUACAAUCCUGAAGAAACUGUGCAAGAAACAAACUCUGAUAAAGGGUGGCAGGAAGCUAAUUCCAAAGGACGAUCAGGGAAUGGUGCUGGCAGAAAGUUCAACAGAAGACGACCGGAUCUUGCCAAGUUAAAGAUAAACCCUGAUAACUCAAAUUAUAGAGACAACAGUUAUAGAAAGGAGGCUGUGUCACUGGGACAUAAAGCAACAUUUAAGUCAGUUUCAGCUGAAGUGUCUCCCCCAAGGCAACUUAAGAAUGUUAAUUCAAGUAAUGAUGAAAAUUCAGGUAAGCUGCCUGCAAAGAAUUCAAUGAUGAAAACUACGCCAGCAUCUAAAAAUUUCUCUGUUCCUGCAACUCUCACAGCUUUAGCUUCUAAAUCACUAUCAUACAAAGAAGUUGCAGUCGCUGCGCCAGGUACGGUUCUAAAGCCCUUACUGGAGAAAGUAGAAGAAUUAAGUGAAGAAAAAACUGAUACCCAGAUCUGCAUUAGUCCACGAGAGGCAGGAGAGCAAGAUGGAAGGGACAAAGUUGCUGUAGACGAAUCACUACCAGAUUGUGAGGACCCAAAAGGAGACAAUGAAGGUGAGGUACACGAUAGUGGAUCCGAGUUGGAAAACUCCUUCCCAAAUGGUGAAGAUAUUUUAUGCUCAAGCAAUCAGGAAACACCUAUAGAAACAAAUGGAAGCAAACUUUCAGCUUCUGCUCAACCAUUCAAUCCAGUUGCCUACCCAUUGACUCAUCCAUUAAACAGUACUGCUGUCAAUAGUGUCUAUGAUGUAGUAGCCAGCCAAGGAGCACUUACAGAUCCUGUGGGAUUUCCAUCAGUUUCUGCCAGAGUUCCUUGUGGUCCUAGGUCACCUAUGUAUUACAGACGUGCCUUUUUGAAUUACCAAAUCCCCAUUUCUGAAAAAAGUGGAUUUCUUUAUCCAAAAACAAUGAAUCCACAUGCACCUGAAUUUGUUCCUAGAAGUGCAUGCCAAAUGAAUGCCGCUACUGAAGGUUCAAAAUCUGCCAUUGACUAUGAUUCUUCUAUGGAUCCUAAUUGCUCGGAUCCUGUAGGAUCUGCUGGAGAGAAGCCUGGUCAGAAAGUUGCAACUGAUGUCAAAGGUGAAAGAUCUAAGAGAAGCAGUUCUGUUGCAGAGAAGGCAGAGUUAGCCAGACAGAUACUGCUUAGUUUCAUAAUGAAAUCAGUGCAGAAUUCUUCAGAUCUUCCAAGUGUGUCUCCAGUCACUGAAAAGAAGCCCGAAUUUCCAAGUAAUUCUGCUGAAGCAAUUGUAAACGACAGUGCAAUUAUAAAGAUUUUUUAUGGGAAAGAUGAAAAAACAGAAUCAGUAACAGAGAAGAACGACAAUGAAACACAAAAAGAUCAGAGUAAGCAUAGAGAUGGAGAAGGUUUUGUGCUCGUCACAAAGCGGAGAAGAAACCGUCAGCAACUAACAAAUGGUUUAUACGGUCAACAAUCAAUCUCUGCUUCAGUGCAUUGAAGAGAGGACUCUUGCGAAUAUGUUAUGGGACAGCAAUUUCAUUCUUCUCCAGCUACAAGAAUUUCAGAGAUUUCUUCAAAUUCGAAUUUGAAGCUGUAGAAAUGUUCAGAAGACAAUUUAGUUGGGGCUUCUGUACAAUAAUUACUUGUGGUUUAAUUACUAAUGAAGUCCGCUGGAAUGAAUGUUUAUCAAAUAUAGAGGUUGGUGGAUUUCUGACCUGGAAAUUUUGAUUAAUUGAUCUACAUAUUCCUUAACUCUCUCCCUUUUCCCUUCAAUUUUACUGCUGUC